GUAAUAGCUGCGAGUCGCGAUCACUCCAAAGCAAAGUUCCCGUCGACACUGUCUCUACAGCUCCAGUAACCAUCUUAAGAAAGCAUCGGCUCAAUAAAGAUCACCUCGCCAGACUCCCCGAUCCUACUGCGACUCCAUCACUGGAAAUAUGUCCCAAGGCCAACAACUCAGCCCUAACCAGCCCACCUCGAAAAGCGAUUCCGUUGUAACCGGCGACGAGUCUUCAGAGGCCGGACCAGACGACUGGUCCGACAUCAAAGACCCCAACGAAAGACGCAAGAUACAAAACAAACUCGCCCAAAGAAGAUUUCGCGACAAAGUAAAAGAGCAGAAAGAGGAGAUGGAGCGAGACGUUGAGAACCAACGACAAGCUGGAGGCGCAUACGCACCACCUGAACCAGAGAAGAUUGAUGCAAGGCAGGCGCUAUCGGGUCUGCCGUGGGGUGGCAUCUCAAUGAGACAUAUCGUUGAGACGGGGAAGAGCAAGGAACAGAGUUCGCAACGCAAUUCCCGUGAGAGUUCGACACAUGAUGGCGCGUCUUAUACUGGUUGAGGGAACCCUUGGCCGUUGUAUGGGGCAAAAUGUCAUGUGCAUGUGCGGUGCUGGUAAC